AUGAAAAUUCUAAAUAAAUUAAUUAAUAAUAAGGUUUUUAUUUCUGAGUAAUAUAAGGAAUUAGUUUUUUCUACAAAAGAGGGAGAGUUUAAAGAGGUCAAAACUGAAUAAUAAAAGGAUAUUAAAACUUAAAUUAAAUUGAUAAGGAUGCUGUUAUAAAUCUUUUAUUUGAUUUUCUUAUUUUGUUUUAUCUUAUGA